AUGGGUGGAGGUUCACUGGGUUUAUCCAGCCCAGGGAUGGUGGUGACAUCCCAUGGGAAUGCCUACUAUGCAGCUGUAGCUGCUGGCUCAGGUGGACCAGGAAGUCCAAACAAGUACCAAGAGAAUGGAAGUGACACAUUCUCAGAUUUUGUAACAUUGGUCUGUCAAGAGGCACAGAACACGCAACCUGUUUCACAGGUGGUGAGUGUGUCAAGUUCUUCACGAGGGAAGCUCCCUCCACACUAUUAUGGGACGUCCAUGUUGCCACCCCCACCUCCACCCCCAAUGGCACGCCCUGUGGCCAUCAUCCGUUCCACCGGUGAAUAUAUUGGGAUGCUUAGCUCAGAGGACCUAAGUGGGGGAGGAUCACCUGAAGGCUCUCUUUCACAUCCAGAGAGUCCCCCAAUGGAUGUGGAGGACCCAAGCAUGUCGAGGUCGAGAGGUCAUCAAGAUGACUCACCUCCUCCUGCUGCCCAUGCUCCCAACUCCUCGCGGAUGCAUUUUCUUUCGUCCACAACUGGACGACAUCAUGAUUACAAUUUUCCUCCACAUCCUUCUGUCAUCCCACGCUGCUCUGCUGAUUUGCCGCCAGGUUACAGCGUCUCCUUUACCAACAUGAGUCCAACAUCAAGCGGUGGACCUGGUCAUGGAUCAGCCAGUGCAUCCAUGACAGGAGUCAUCAGUCCCACAAACCUGAGCCUGUUCACAUCCCCAUCAAGUACACCCCCUCCGGGACCACCUAGUUCUUCUCGAGGUCAAGCAGGGAGUGGAGGUGGAGGAGGAAGUGGAGGUGGAGGGUCAAGGUCUACCCCAACGCCUCGCUGGGGUUCAAGUCAGUUCAUGCCACUAGAUGAGAACAUGGACUAUCAAAUGAUGUCAACCCUCAUGCCACCUGGACCCAGUGAAGCCCACUCUUCCUCAGGACCUCCUUCUCAGGCACCCCUCAUGGAUGAUGAGCGAUACUUCAGUCCAGUGGAAGAUGGUGGAGUGAACAGUACGUCUGGGAGUGGGAGCUCGGGAGCAGGAAGUUCCCAGCCGCCUUCUGUCCCUCCACCUCCUUCACCUGCAUCUUAACUUUCGUGACAAAGAUGAAAGACUCCCUGCUGAACUCCAGUUAACCCCUGCAUCUAUAUAGAUAUCAAUGAUUUGCAUCCUCUCUCCACACAUUGAGGAGAACAGUGUGAUGACAGUGGCUCAGUGACUGCAUAUAAAACCGUGGCUCUCUGACCUGCCCUGAGGUUCCACCCUAGGCUCCACUUUUGUACAGAUCUGGCAUGGAUACAAUGAGUUAGAUCUGAGUAUUGUUCUGGUUUUCUGUUUCCUCUGGAAUCUGUGAGUGAGGUUGGUCAGGUGUGUCUCUUUUGAUGGUCUCUCUCUCUCUCUCUCACUCAAAAGGUUGUGUCUCUAAUCCUGCCCCAGUUGAUGCUGAAGCCUAAAAACUUCCAAAGCUCAUGGGGCAGGUUUUUGUCAUCGUCAUUGUCAUAGGAGCUUUUCUUAGUGCCUUCUGUGCUCUGAGAUAGGAAAGAUCUUCCGUUUCUUGUUCUGUCUGUUUUUAGGGAUGGUUGCGAGCUUCCCAAUUUUGUACCUGUAAACCGUGUGCCAAAUCUCUUGUCAUCAAGAUAUAUCUGAUAUACCAUUCAGUACAAGUUCUGUUUUGGCUCAUCGAAGAAGCCAUCCGAUUCGCAUCGUCUGUCAUUUACCGUACUCACGUCCAGCAUUGUCAUUGAGAGUCUUUCGCAUCAGCAAUAUUUCUCACUCCUCCAAUCCACGUAGUCUUCCUCGUAGGUGCAUUUACCAUGCGAAACGAAUCUAGUGAGGUGUCUCAAGUGAAUCUGUCUUCGUAUAGGGACAUGUAGGAGAAAAAAUAAAACAUAAACAUGAAGGAAGAAGCCAUGGCAACACUGUGAUUACGGAAUGUGAUGUAACUUAUAUUCAGAAUGUGUACGCCAUUUGUAGGGUCUAGGUGCUAAUGCCACGUCAUUGUGUGUUUAUGACUGAUCCUUAUUUCGGAGAAUGGGUGGAACUUCCAGGGUGGGCAGGGAAUUCCCAGGCUGACCUCUGACAUGAUCUUGGGGAUCAUUAUGCAUGUGAAAAGUGCAAGGGAGCAACCGGUCUAUGCAGCAACUCAACCCUGGUGUCCUUUUGAGAACCAUAAUGAGACUAAGACUCUCAAGAGGAGCCCUGCCAGAAUUGUGUGUUGUUCUGCUGUUUUGUCUCUUGCAAGGGCAUUUUUCCAAAGUGUGAUAUGUAAUAUUUGGUCGUAGGAAGGUACUCCAUCUUUUUUUAUAUUAAUUUUUGUCUCUUUUAAGUCUAGAGCAUCUAGAGCAUCUUUCUCUCUUUCCGUCACAUGAACUAGUGCUUUCUUGAACACGUAGAUGCCUUGUUGCUGCGCGCCUGUCUCCUGCCAUUCACCUAGAAUACUCAGGUCCUUCGGGUGCUUGCCAGUUCUCGCGCUCUCUCAAUUUCUCUUUCUCUCUCUCUUUCUUCCUCUGUUUCUCCCUUUCUCCUAUCCUCCCCCUUUUCUUUCUCUGCUUCCAUUUAAGCAAUAUCUUCACUGUUAUCAUGCUUGGAUUUCUGAAUUUUCCUGUCGAAUCAAAUCAAAAAAUGGGCACUGCAGACAAGAGAGAUGGCAGGUUGCAGCACUUUCAGAAUCCUCUUUUCUUUCUGUGAGAGGACACACACAAACGACAUAAAGCUCAAAUUGUAGUGUUUGUUGACUUAGAGACUUCUUCCAUCCGAAUGCCUUGAUUUUUCUAUGGAUGUGAGGUGGUUGUAGCCUUAGCUAGCCAGCCAUAGUUUUCUGACAACUGAUACCUGCCACCAUGACUAUGCAAGAGCAUUAACCCAUAGUGCUCUGUAUCCAGUACUUGUACAAUUUUUUUCUUGUAAACUUGACAUUUCCUUUCUUUGCAGUUCUGCAGAGGUUGCAACCUUUGCAACAUUUCAUGUCAGUUCACACUUGGAGAAAGUUGCCUUUGACUAACUGAAGCAGAAAUGAACUAUUUCAACGAAAUACUGUCCAGAAGAAUUUCUUCCAAUCAGGACCGAAAAGUGUAUGCCAGAGCCCCAAUUCUUGGCUGGGGUUGUGUACAAUAUGACAGGUAUGAGUGCAAAGUGGUGCAUGAAUGAGUCAUUGCUAUCUAGGUAUGUUUUUUGUAAUAGAGAAAGAGAGAAGAGGAUGAAACAAGGUUAAUAUAUUUGUAUAGGCAGUUUUUUGUAUUAAGUGAUGCGUUUUUAACAUGUAGUGAUGUCAGAUUUGAUCCUCUCAUCUCUCCCUCUUCCUGUUUUCUCAAUAGAGGGGGAAAAAGAUAUUAUGAUCAUUAUGGAUCUAGGGAAGCAGCAAUAAUAUGGUAUCUUCCAUGAUAUUUUGUAGAGGUGCAACAAUAUAUCAUCAGUAAUAUCAGAAUCAACUAAUAUACUUUAUAUUGGUGGAUAUCGAUAUCAGCGAUAUUUGGCAAGCUGAUAUGCAGAUAUCAGCAUUGAAGCUUCAAUGCAUAGAUUAAUCCUUGGUCUUGUUUGAAAUGUAAUCCUGCAGAGAAAUAAUGACUUGACUUUGACUUGAGAUGGUUCUUUUUGCCCUUUUUGAAAGAUUUUCUGCAUCUGCAGUUUUUCAACACCUCUGACAGCCCUGGUAUUGGUUUUCAAAAUUUUUUAAUCCUGAUAAUCAGCAUAUCAGAUGUAUGCCAAAUGUCAGUAUUGUUACACCUCUAAUAUUAUGAUUAUCCUAGGCAUGUUUCCAUGGUUCCUUGACAAGCACAGACUCAAGUGUGCAUGCUGCUGGAAAUCCUCAGUCCUUCACUGGGUGUUUGCUCUCUGGCAAUUCAGAAAACAGGCUUUAUCUUUUUGUUUCUUUUGCUUGUUUUCUGACUGUACAAAAUAAAAACAGAUGAAUUUCUUUAUCACAAUCUUCUUCUGAGGAGAUCUGACUUUAUACGAUAUGACGGUCGCGAAUAGCCACCCUGUGAGAGGGAACAACCAUGUCUAGUCGUUGGUGCAUCCAUGGCUACCGGUUAAGUAUUAAUUACUUCAAGAAUAUUGUCUGGAUUGAGUUUUAUUUGUAUGUCAUGCCCACUAAGACUCGCAAUGUAUGAUGGGCCAGAUGUUGCAUUUUUCAUAUCCUUUGCCCUGUUUGAAAUUUUUCAUUUUCGUCACAUUUUUGUUCAUUUUGCUCACUGUCUUUUGUUUUCUUUUCUGUUUUUGUUUCCCAGGUUCUCACCUUUUUUUUUCUUCCUUGUGUGUGUUUUUUUUUGUUGGUGCUAUUGUAUCACAUUAUGUGAGAGAGAGA